AUGGACAGAAUACAAGGAGACUGUGCCAGUCCUGUGCCACCAGGAGAUGCGGAGAGGAGCAGGACUGGAGAACAAGACCCAGGACUAAUUGUGUUGGGAAAAGCACGUGAGUUCUUCCAGAUUUGUGAUCUGGAAGGCAAAGGCUUCAUCACUCAGCAAGACAUGCAGAGACUGCAUCCUGAGUUACCUCUUAGCCUGGAAGAGCUUGAAAAAGUUUUUGUUACAUUGGAUGCUGAUGGCAAUGGCUCACUUACCCCAAAGGAGUUCACCACAGGAUUCAGCCAGUUUCUUUUGGGGCAGAUUGCUUUGAAUAAUGAGAUGAUGAAGCAAUCAGAAGGUGAAACAGCCUGCCCACUUAAAUGUGAAGAGACCGUGAGUGAUGAUGAGGAUGAGGAACUCCAGUUCUCAAAUCUGAUGGAUCGGCUUGGAGCUAAAAAGGUUUUGGAUGAUGAGAGUGAUGUGAAGCAACUUUGGUUGCAGCUGAGAAAAGACGAACCUCAUUUACUUUCCAAUUUUGAAGAGUUUCUGGUCAGAAUUUUUUCCCAGCUCCAAGAAGCAGAUAAUGAAAAGAACGAGUUGGAAUGCGCUCUAAAAAAGAAAAUUGCUGCUUAUGAUGAAGAAAUUCAACACCUCUAUGAAGAAAUGGAACAGCAAAUCCAAAAGGAGAAAGAGCAGUUUCUCUUGAAAGACACAGAGAGGUUUCAGUCCUACAGUCAAGAGCUGGAGUGCAAGCUCCUGUCAAAAGAACAAGAGCUGGAACAAUUGGUUCAAAAACAGAAAAGGUUAGAGCAGCAAUGUACAGAACUUCUCAGUGGCAAAGAAGAAACCAAAGUAGAGAACACCAAGCUGAAGUUGACUAACCAGGAGCUGCUGAGAGACCUGGAGAGAACAUCUCACGAACUAUGCCUGGCUCAACAACAGUUACAGGUGCUUCAGGAGGAGGCGUCAAGACUACAUGAGGAGAAGGAAAUGGAGGUGUACCGAGUGACAGAAACCUUACAGAGAGAGAAGUCAGGACUUCUGAAGCAGCUGGAUUUUUUCAGGGAGAGGAACAAACAUCUCAAAGAUGAACGUGACGUAUUUUUACAGAAAUGCAAAACAAGUGUUCCAAAAGCCAGCUGGAAGCAAAGAUCAGGGUCUGUCAUUGGGAAAUACAUGGAGAGCAAGAUGCUGCCUAACAGCCAUUCAUUUGAAGAAGAUGAUGUUUUCAGUAACUCAAAGAGAAGGAAUUCUGCUGGACUGAAUGGAAUUCUCUCUGUAGAGCCUGAUGCUGGAGCCACUGGAGGAAUGUCUAAAGCAUCGCGUCUCCAAAGAAUAAUAUCAAUUGAGGAAGAUCACCUACCCCAGCUUCUUGACAGGCUGGUUGAUAAGCAGCUGAACAGAUGGGCUGGAGAAGAUGAGAAUACUUCUUCUGAGAUGGAAAUGGAUAAGAAAAACACAGAACAAUCAAUGGAACACUCACCACCAUCUUCUAGAGAGCAGCCUGUAGGGAAGGAAACACUGUCAAAUGAGGAGAGAAUAAACUCUGUCCCAGACCGCUUAUUCAAGAUUAUUUUUGUGGGCAAUGCGAGUGUUGGAAAGACUUCAUUCUUAAGGCGAUUUUGUGAAGAUCGUUUUUUCCCAGGCACAGCUGCUACUGUAGGUGUGGAUUACAAUGUGAAAACCAUCACAGUAGAUAAUACCAAGGUAGCCCUGCAACUCUGGGACACUGCUGGCCAGGAACGGUACCGAAGUAUUACUAAGCAGUUUUUCAGAAAAGCUGAUGGUGUCAUUGUGAUGUAUGAUAUAACAGCAAAAGACACAUUCACAGCUGUCAAGCAGUGGCUGAUAAGCAUCGAGGAGGCAACUGGGGAGAAUGUACCUGUGCUUUUGUUGGGUAAUAAAACUGAUAAUGAAAAGGAACGUGAGGUCCCUAUGGGAAUGGGAGAGCAUCUUGCUAAGGAUUACCAUUUAAUUUUCUAUGAAUGCAGUGCAUAUUCUGGGUACAAUACCACAAAGUCUGUGCUUCACUUAGCUAGGAUUUUAAAGGAACAUGAAGAUAAAGUGAAAGAGAAAACCAUUGAACUUCAAUCUGACAUGAAUAAAAAGUCUUGCUGUAUCAGGCCAUAA